CUCUCUCUCUCUCAUCCCGUAAGAAGGAACUGAAGAUACAACAGGAAGCAGUGCAAAAACAAAGCUUUUGAUAGUUUGCAAGAAAAUCAUGAUGCACCUCAAGGAAACUGAGCUAUGCCUUGGCCUACCGGGUGGAGGAGGCAGUGGCUGUGAGGUGGAGACCUUAAAGGUUACCGGAAAACGUGGCUACGCAGAGACUGUUGAUCUUAUGCUCAAUCUACAACCAAAUGACCAGUCCUCAUCUUCUACUAAUCUGAAUGAUAUGAAGUUGCAGAACUCCAAGAACAACAAAGAUUUGAUCAAGCCACCAGCCAAGGCACAGGUGGUAGGAUGGCCACCAGUGCGAAACUAUCGCAAAAACGUGAUGGCUCAGAAGAGCAAUAAUGACGAAACUGAGAAGGUGGUGGCAGCCAGCACUGGUAGUAACAGCCAUGCGGCCUUUGUGAAAGUUUCAAUGGAUGGAGCACCGUAUCUUCGCAAGGUGGACCUUAAAUUGUAUGAGAGUUAUCAACAAUUAUCCGAUGCUUUAGCUAAAAUGUUUAGCUCCUUCACCAUGGGAGAGUAUGGAUCCCAAGGAAUGAUUGAUUUCAUGAAUGAGAGCAAGCUGAUGGAUCUCCUUAACAGUUCUGAAUAUGUUCCAAGCUAUGAAGAUAAAGAUGGUGAUUGGAUGCUUGUUGGUGACGUCCCAUGGCCAAUGUUUGUUGAUUCUUGCAAGCGACUUCGAAUCAUGAAGGGAUCAGAUGCAAUUGGACUGGCCCCAAGAGCAAUGGAAAAAUGCAAGAACAGGUGUUAAAGACAAAUAUGAAGCAAACCCUAAUCUUGAUUCAAGUUCAUGACAACUUCGAAUCAUCGAAGUACAUGGAUGGAUCAAGCUGUUAAUGUUUGAAUGUGUUUGGAUUUGUUUUUGUUUUUGUCAUGAAAAAGUUUGAUAGUAUAUAGAAUUUGUCAAAAGAUGAUUUGGGACAUUUUGUAAUGGACAAGAAACAAUGACUCUUCUACUGGUUUGCCUCUCAAAACAUAUUAAUGUGGAGUGUUUAAUAAUGUUUUCAGUUUUGAUUUUGUUAUCAUAAUUUUUUUGUUUAUG